GCCGUCGACCUUGCCCGCGUGGGCGCGUGUGUCCUGAAACACGCGGUGACCGGGGAGGCCGUGGAGCUGCGGAGCCUGUGGCAGGAGCAGGCGUGCGUGGUGGCCGGCCUGCGGCGCUUCGGCUGCAUGGUGUGUCGCUGGAUCGCCCAGGACCUCAGCGGCCUCAAGGGGCUCCUGGACCAGCAUGGCGUGCGACUCGUGGGCGUGGGGCACUCGGCCCUCGGACUGCAGGAGUUCCUGGACGGGGGCUACUUCGCCGGAGGUGCCUCGCUCCCGCCCCUCCCCCACGGAGCUGGCCCGCAGCCCCCCUUAGCUCAUUCCCGCUCUAGGCAUUUGGCCUCCUUGCCCAGCGCUCUCUUUCUCGGAGCGGCCUUGACAUGCUGCAGUGUCAGCUCUCAUCUC